UGCUGGAGAACUCCAGCCUCACACUGACUCACGCUGAUCCAUUUUAAUUUCUGCUAACACCAGAGUCCUAACUGUGGUCUCCAAGAAUCACAAGCGCGUAAAGAGAACAUGGCCAAGCGAGUUGCAAUCGUGGGGGCCGGAGUCAGCGGCCUGGCUUCUAUUAAGUGCUGUCUGGAGGAAGGACUAGAGCCCACCUGCUUUGAGAGGAGCGACGACCUUGGGGGGCUGUGGAGAUUCACUGAAUAUGUGGAAGAAGGCAGAGCCAGUCUCUACAAGUCUGUGGUUUCCAACAGCUGCAAGGAGAUGUCUUGUUAUUCAGACUUCCCAUUCCCAGAAGAUUUUCCAAAUUAUGUUCCAAAUUCCUACUUCCUGGAAUAUCUCAAAAUGUAUGCAAACCAGUUCAACCUUCUGAAAUGCAUUCAAUUCAAGACUAAAGUCUGCAGUGUAAACAAAUGCCCAGAUUUUGCUGUCACCGGCCAAUGGGAGGUGGUCACUCUGCGAGAGGGGAAGCAAGAGUCUGCCAUCUUUGACGCCGUCAUGGUCUGCACUGGCUUUCUUACUGACCCCAAAUUGCCCCUGGACUGCUUUCCAGGUAUAAAAAACUUUAAAGGCCAAUACUUUCACAGCAGACAGUAUAAAUAUCCAGAUAUAUUUAAGGACAAGCGAGUUCUUGUGGUUGGAAUGGGAAAUUCUGGCACAGAUAUUGCUGUGGAGGCCAGCCACGUGGCAAAGAAGGUGUUCCUCAGCACCACUGGAGGGUCCUGGGUGAUAAGCCGUGUCUUUGACUCAGGUUAUCCAUGGGAUAUGGUGUUCACGACACGGUUUCAGAACUUGUUAAGAAAUUCUCUCCCAACUCCAAUUGCGACUUGGUUGAUAGAAAAAAAAAUGAACAGCAGGUUCAAUCAUGAAAAUUAUGGCUUAGUACCCGAAAACAGGACUCAACUGAAAGAGCCUGUGCUCAAUGAUGAGCUCCCAGGCCGUAUCAUCACUGGGAAAGUGACCAUCAAGCCAAGCAUAAAGGAAGUGAAGGAAAGCUCCGUCAUAUUUAACAGCCCGGCAAAGGAAGAGUCCAUUGAUAUCAUUGUCUUUGCCACUGGAUACAGUUUUGCUUUCCCCUUCCUUGAUGAGUCUGUACUGAAAGUUGAAGCUGGCCAGGCAUCACUAUACAAGUACAUCUUCCCUGCUCAUCUGCAAAAGCCAACCCUGGCUGUGAUAGGCCUCAUCAAACCCUUGGGUUCCAUGAUACCUACAGGAGAAAUGCAAGCUCGAUGGGCUGUCCGUGUCCUGAAAGGGGUGAAUAAGUUACCACCUACAAGUGUCAUGAUAGAGGAAGUUAAUGCAAGAAAAGAAAACAAGCCCACUGGGUUUGGUCUGUGCUACUGCAAAGCUUUAGAAACAGAUUAUAUCGAAUACAUAGAUGAACUCCUGACUUACAUUGAUGCAAAACCCAACCUGUUCUCCAUCCUCCUGACGGAUCCACGCCUGGCUCUCACCAUGUUUUUUGGCCCAUGCACACCAUACCAGUUCCGCUUGACUGGACCAGGAAAGUGGGAAGGAGCCAGAAAUGCCAUCAUGACCCAGUGGGACCGAACAUUCCAGGUCACUAAGACACGAAUCGUAAAAGAAUCCCCAUCUCCUUUUGUAAGAUUACUUAAACUCUUUAGUUUUCUGGCUUUGCUUGUGGCCAUUUUCCUAAUUUUCCUAUAAAUAAAAUAAUUCCUAAAUGGCUUUUCAGAUGCAAGAUUAGAUUUGUAGAGUAGAUUUAUGCCCUGAUUCCUCCACUGCAAGAACAUUGCUUUCACAACUAUAAACCAAAUCUGAAUUGUAAAGCCACCCAUGCCCUUCACAGGGCUACCACUAGUUUUCCUGAAUUUCUCCCAGCUCCUCCAUCUACUUCUAAUGCUAGUAAAUGACCACCAAGAUUUGUGUGCAUUUGAAGGCUGCUGGAAGGUUCCAGAUUCAUUUUAAAAGAAAGAGCUGUUCUAGACAGUACCCAUACAUACGUCCUUCCUACAUAAACUAUUUUCAUAGAUCUAAAUUAAAACCCCUACUCCACAAAGAUUUGGUUGUGCUAAAUGUGGUCUUUUGGUAUCAAAUGAUUAAAAAGAAAGACAC